AUGCUUUCUAAAGUUAACAUUAGCUUGCCUAUUUUGGAUGUUAUUAGGAAUAUGCUUUCCUAUGCAAAUUUUUUCAAGGAACUCAAUAACAAAAAGAGGAGAUAUGAGAAGAACGAGAAAGACAUGGUUUCAAAAGUUGCUAGUGCGGUGCUCCAACAAAACUUUCCUCCUAAAUUGAAAGAUCCUAGAAGUUUCAACAUAAACAUCACCAUAGGAGACAAGAAAAUCGCGAAAGCUAUGAUAGACUUGGGAGCGAGUAUUAAUCUCAUGCCUUACUCAAUAUACUUGGCACUAGGUUUGGGGGAGCUUAAGCCAACAACUAUGACCCUUCAACUUGCAGAUAGGUCGGUCAAAUACCCAAAGGGGAUAGUUGAGAAUUCAUUAGUGCAAGUCGACAAGUUGAUUGUUCCCAUCGAAUUUGUGGUUUUAGAGAUGGAAGAACUAUCUUCAAAGGACAAGGAGCAUACAAUUUUGCUAGGUAGACCAGUCAUGGCGACAACCAAGACAAUUGUAGAUGUCCAUAAAGGGAAGUUAUCCAUGAUAGUCUUAGGUGAGACUGUUGAAUUUAAAGUUUUUGGUUCUCUACCUAUUCCUACUACUUCUACUUUUGAUGAGUGUUCUUUUAUUGAUUGUGUGGACUCACUUGUUUAUGACACUUAUUUGCAGGAGAAGAUAGAAGAUAAGCUUGAAGCUGCACUAACACUUGAUAGGAUAGUGGAAACACUUGAUAAGGAAACUAAGGGAUUCCACGAGAUACUAGAUAGAUCACUUCCUGUUUUACCACAAGAAAAGUCUAGUAAACCCUUAGAGUUACCAACAUCCCCACAUAGGGACGAGCUUAAUCCACCUAAGCUAGAGUUCAAAAAGUAUUCAGGUGCAAAAGAACGGAUUAUUCGUGCUUGUGUUGGUGUUCAGACAUCUAAGACUCGUUCGAGUGCAGAUAAAUUAAGGCGAGAAGUAAAAGUGUGA